AACACUCACAGGGUCCGGCUGCUUCUCUAAAGAGGGGUGGGGAAAUCAAGAAACCAGGAGCAGCGCAUUUUGAUCAAUUAACGCUUGGAACGGUCUUUUUGGAAGCCUCCGGUAUGGCGUGAAAGCACAAUCUGGAGAGAAAUGCCUGCGGGUGGCUGGCUACCUAUGUUACCCAUCUUCCAUCUGGCAAAAGCGGCCCGAUGUUCCUGCCAAGGAUAAACAUUCCCCGUCAUCCCAUUUAGCCUCAGCGAACCGACCGCCGCCUCGGGUUAGGCUGUUCUCAGGCGCGCGGCCGCUCUGAGGGAGCCAACCCUUUCAUGGACGGGCCCUCCUUCUUCCUCGCCUUUUCGUAUCCGCGGCCGGGCUGAGCGAUGGCUUCGGCAGACAGCGAGGUGAAAACCCUCCUCAACUUCGUCAACUUGGCUUCCAGCGACAUCAAGGCCGCCCUGGACAAGUCGGCCCCCUGCCGCCGCUCCGUAGACCACAGGAAAUACCUGCAGAAGCAGCUCAAGCGCUUUUCCCAGAAAUAUUCCCGCUUGCCCCGCUGCCACCACCACCACCUGCAGCCGCAGUUGCCUCCCGCUCGGGAGCGGAGACCGCCUGAAGGGAGGGUACGAGGUCUCAGCCCCGAGAGUUCGCUAGGCCGAGGCCACGCGGCCUCCGGGGCGUCCAAGGGCGACAAGGCCUCCAAGGCCCCAGAGCGCCUGGGCGGUGAGGAGAAGCAGCAGCAGCAGCAGCAGCAGGCAGGGACUUCGGAGGCAGGCGCCAGGCCCGACCAAGUACCCAUGAGGAAAAGACAACUGCCCGCUUCUUUUUGGGAAGAACCCCGGCCUGCUCCGGGCUCCCCCGGUGUCGUCAGUGGCGUGAUCUUUCCAAUGGGAGUUUGCUCGUCGCCCUCUUCUUCCUCGUCAUCCUCCAAAGACCUGCCUCCUUACGAGGGAAAGAAAAAUAAAAUAGGCCUCGACGGCGGCAGCGGCGGCACUGGCGCGGUUCUCGAGAGCCCCCCGCGCAGGCCAGAGGCCGAGGCCGCCCUCAAGGGACUGAGGACCUGGGGCUGCUGUCCAUUUCAGUACCACGGGCCACAGGCCUCCCCCGGUGUCUACCCGCCCCCGCUGCCGGCCGCCCUGCCCCCUUUGGCUCCCUUCUCGGCUUUGGGUUUGUGGCGGAAAGAUGCGCCUUCCCCGACGGAGGGCGAGCCCUUCUGCCAGCCAGGGCAGAAAGUGUAUCGGCCUGUAGUGUGGAAGCCCAUCCCCACCAAGCCUGCCGCGCCGCCCCUCAUCUUUAGCGUCUUUAGUUAUCUUUAG